GCGGGAGCAGCAGCGGCGGCGGCGGCGGGCUCGGCCUCGACUUCGCGGCGGUGCCGGCGGCGGAGGCGGAGGCGCAGGCUCCUCCUCGGGACCUGGCGAGCCCGGGCCUAAGCGGCGGCCCUGCGAGGCCCCUGCACAGCGCUCGGGGCCCUUUCCGCCUAGCCCUGCCCCGGGAGCCUGCUUCCCCGGCCGGGGAUGAGGCCGGGAGGCAGCCGCGCAGGGCCCAACACAAAGGCUUAUCCUCAGGGGCCGCCGCCGCCGGCCUAGAGCCGCCCGCCGAAGCCGAGCCGGCGCCGGGGCCCUCAUCCCCGCUGGCCCCUGGGGGCGGCCUGUCUCCCCGAGGCCCAGAGACUGGAGCGCCAAGCCCCGUGCUCCCUCGGCUGCGGUGGGACCGGGCAGCUGCGCAGCCUCCGCCGCACCGGGCCGUAGGGACCCCACGGAGAAUGUCAGAGGAGAGCGACAUGGAGAAAGCCAUCAAGGAAACCUCCAUUUUAGAGGAAUAUAAUAUCAAUUGGACUCAGAAACUGGGAGCUGGAAUUAGUGGUCCAGUUAGAGUCUGUGUGAAGAACUCUACCCAAGAACGAUUUGCACUGAAAAUUCUUUUUGAUCGUCCAAAAGCUAGAAAUGAGGGCUCGACUCUUAAUUGUAAUGGAGAUGAUGGAAGGGGGAGAGCUAUUUCACAGAAUCAGCCAGCACCGGCACUUUACAGAGAAGCAAGCCAGCCAAGUAACAAAGCAGCUUUGGCUCUACAGCACUGUCACAUGUUAAACAUCGCGCACAGAGACCUCAAGCCUGAGAACCUUCUCUUCAAGGAUAACUCUUUGGAUGCCCCAGUGAAGUUGUGUGAUUUUGGAUUUGCCAAAAUUGACCAAGGUGACUUGAUGACACCCCAAUUCACCCCUUAUUAUGUAGCACCUCAGGUACUAGAGGCACAGAGAAGGCAUCAGAAGGAGAAAUCUGGCAUCAUACCUACCUCGCCAACGCCCUACACUUAUAACAAGAGCUGUGAUCUGUGGUCCCUAGGGGUGAUUAUCUACGUGAUGCUGUGCGGAUAUCCUCCUUUUUACUCCAGACACCACAGUCGGACUAUCCCAAAGGACAUGCGGAGAAAGAUCAUGACAGGCAGUUUUGAGUUCCCAGAGGAAGAGUGGAGCCAGAUCUCAGAGAUGGCCAAAGAUGUUGUGAGGAAGCUCUUGAAGGUGAAACCAGAGGAAAGACUCACCAUCGAGGGAGUGUUGGACCACCCCUGGCUAAACUCAACUGAGGCCCUGGAUAACGUGCUACCUUCUGCUCAGCUGAUGAUGGAUAAGGCGGUGGUUGCAGGAAUCCAGCAGGCCCAUGCAGAGCAGCUGGCCAACAUGCGAAUCCAGGACCUGAAAGUCAGCCUCAAGCCCCUGCACUCUGUGAACAACCCCAUUCUGAGGAAGAGGAAGUUACUCGGCACUAAGCCAAAGGAUGGUGUUUAUAUCCACGACCGUGAGAAUGGAGCCGAGGAUUCAAAUGUUGCCUUGGAAAAGCUCCGAGAUGUGAUUGCUCAGUGUAUUCUCCCCCAGGCUGGUAAAGGAGAGAAUGAAGAUGAGAAGCUGAAUGAAGUAAUGCAAGAGGCUUGGAAGUAUAACCGGGAAUGCAAACUCCUAAGAGAUACUCUGCAAAGCUUCAGCUGGAAUGGUCGUGGAUUCACAGAUAAGGUAGAUCGAUUAAAACUGGCAGAAAUUGUGAAGCAGGUGAUAGAAGAGCAAACCACGUCCCAUGAAUCCCAAUGACAGCUUCAGACUUUGUUUUUUUACAAUUUGAAAAAUUCUUUAAUGUAUAAAGUAAUUUUUAUGUAAAUUAAUAAAUCAUAGUUUCAUUUUCACAUUGCUUAAAGAUGCUGUAUAGAUUUAGAUACAGUAUUUACUAAUAGUAUAAUUCAUUUGUUUGUUUAUAAGAAAAGCUCAGUUCCUAGAGACAUGCUAUUACUUUAGGACUGUUUAGUCAUAUGUUUGUAAGAUGACAGAUGAUAUUGUCAAGCAAGAUUGUUUUAUUUGUAAUAAAGUAUACAAAAACCAUUUGCCAGUGGUAGACAAAGGACCAACUAUACUGAUCUUUCUGCUUAGUAAACAGUUGAAUCAAAUACUGUGGAAUUUGGUUUCAGUUGCCCUGUGUAUUUACUUUUUGCACUACUGGUAGAUUAGCUCUGGUGCCAAGAAAUUUUUGUGGAUCCAUGUUGCAGACUACCUGCUGAAAUUCACAGGAUGCCAUCUACCAUGACGGAAGAGGCAGGGAGUUGAGUCUUCAUUUCUCUUGUCCCUAAUUCCCAAGAGAAAAGUGGUAACAUUUCUUUUUUGUCGUAUUUGUUAAAAAGGUAUUGGUGUGUUUCUUAAAUCUGAUGGAUUCUCUUUUGAAUUUAUUCUUUUCAUGUUUAAUCAAAGCUUCAGUUUCCUUCUCCCUGAGAGACUACUUUGUCCUCCCUCCUUCUGUGCACCCUUCCCCAGCUGCACUGCUUCUUAUUUCCUGUUCAUGUUCUUCUGACCCCGUUAUGGGAUGAUUUUUCUGAGAAAGUUACACAUCAUGAAAACUAGACUAUUGGAUUAGCAUCUGAGAUGGUCCAGUUUCUUUCUUUUAAAGCUGCCAUUUUCUUAGUAA